ACAAAAAUAAUGUCACGACUCGCGUGCAUUUCAUCACUUUUCAUACUUUGUGCAAUUGGCUCCGAAGCUGUAUUCACCCAAUCAGCUGGAGUUAAGGGUGUUCUGAUGUGUGGAGACAAACCACUGGCUAACACGAAGGUGAAGCUCUACGAUGAUGAUACCGGACCGGAUCUUGACGAUCUUCUUGCCGAAGGAACUACAGACUCUCUUGGUCAAUUCCUUCUUACCGGACACACUUCCGAAGUGAUGACUAUUGAUCCAAAACUUAAUAUCUAUCACGAUUGUGAUGACGGACUCAAACCUUGUCAGAGAAGAGUCACGUUUAAUAUUCCAAAAUCAUUUGUUUCAUCUGGAGAAAACCCAAAGACUUUCUUUAACAUUGGAACUAUCAACAUGCAAAUUGAGUUCGAGUCAGAGUCACGUGACUGUCUUCACAGAUAAUAAUUGAUACUUAAAAGUAUUUUCAACUGAUCUCUGAUUAAUCAAUUACGUCAUCUUUUGUAUUCUCUUAUAAAUGCAUUUUACCCAUCUCCCUAUUUCUCUCAUUGAUACCCCUUUCAAGACGCAAUAAAUAAAUCAAUUGAUAGU